AUGGCGAGCACGGCGAGGGAGGCAGAGGGUGUGCAAGACCCCAACGGGAUGCCGUACGACCUCAUGAUACUCACAGAUGCUACCGCUUCCAUGGGCGACUAUCUCGAGUCCCUUUCCAAGUCCCUGCCCGAGAUCAUCCGGAUCUCGGCCCUGACCGGCUGCUUCUCUCGCAUCGGCGUCCUGGCGUACCGCGACUAUUGCGAUGUCAGGCUGAUCGAGUGGUCCAAGUGGUAUCUCGUGGACGGGGCCGUGGAGCCCGGCCACACAGUCUCAAGCACCGAUCUCCUCGUCUUCGCCCGCUCUCUCUCCCCUCAAGGCGGUGGCGACUGGCCCGAGGCGGCAAAGACGGGCCUUGCAGCGGCGUACCAACAUAUGAGGGCGGAGGCCAAGACCAUCAUGCUCCUUUUUGCCGACGCCCCUCCGCACACUGCGGCCACCAAAGGCGGCAAUUGGGAAAAAGAGAAGAGCACCCUUGGGGAUAAGGAUUCGUACGGUGGGACGGGCAAUCUGUUCGUAGACUGGAUACAGGCAGCACACAUGCUCCGCACAGGCCCCAAGGCAUGCAAGGUCUUCAGUAUUAUCGGCAGCCACCUCGAAGACACCCUGGGUACAUUCACGCUGCUUUCAUCUCGCACCAGGGGCACCUGCCUGCGAGUCCCGGUGGAUAAGAUCACGGCAGCCUUCAUCACGGAGCUCACCGUCGACACCCUCCUGGCGUGGAUGGGCAUCAAGAAGGACCGGGGGGCAGCCAACGCCGGCAGCGACAAGACCGCCGCCAAGAGCACCGAGACCAUCGUCGUGACUUACAAGCACAAGAAGAACCUGGCCGAGCUCACUGGCGAGGACGACGAGGCGUCGAGCCGUUUCAUGGUCUGGCGCGACAAGCCCGAGUAUACCGGCAAGGUCAAGGACAACAUGCUAUAUACCACGAUCGCGCUGGACCAGCUCCAUGACCACGUCCACCCCCGCCCCGCCAUGGAAGCGUUUUCGAAGCGGUACGUGGCCGACCCGGCCUAUCGCGAGCUCGUGGUCGAGCACCUGCGCGCCAUCAUCGCCACCGACGCGACCGCCAUGACCGUGAACCCGGUGUUUGGCAGCCUGUGGCGCACCGUCUGCAACGACAGGGGCAAUCCUGCCCGCGACGAGCUGGUGACGGCCUUUGGCGCGGCCGUAGAUCGCAUAAAGACAGCCGCCGCCACCGCCGCCGCUGCCGAAGGCGCCACAGCUCCCAAGUCCCGCUUGGAGGCAUGGCUUGAGGGUUCGUACGACUACGCUUCUGAGAUUGCCGAGCUUGUGGAGAGCGUUCCUGAAGAGCAGCGGUUCCCGUGCCUCUACCUCGAUCCGACCCUCGACUUCCAGAAGAUGGCAGCGGCGGACAAAUCCGACGACGAGGAUGAUGACAGGGCCGGGCUCUCGUUCACGCGGGAUGAGCUCUUGGAGAUCGGGAGGUCGUGCGAUUACCGGAUCCUCCGACGCCUAGGCAGGAUCCUGACAUGCCUAUCGUUCGCACAAACCAAGGAGGAGCUCCCGGCGCAUAUCGCGUCCGCUCCCCAGGAUCAGGUCCCGCGGAUUCCCCUGGCGCUGGCCCGGGAGGAGCACAGCCGCAAGCUUUGGAGGGUCCUGCUGCACGCCGUCCUCCCCGGUACGAUGCUCGGGGCCCGCCCGGCGGCCUUGCUCGCUGCGCUCAGCAUCCGCAUGGGAAUCACGCCGCUGCAGGAGGUCGCAGAGGUCGAGAUGUCCAUGUGGACAGGCCGGUGGAACACGAUGGACUUUCCCGAAACCUGGAACGUUAGCUGUCUGAAUCUGCUGUUGGAAGCUGACGCCGAGGUGCGAAGGCGCAAGAUGGCGACGGCCUCGAUCCUCAAAGACACGGACCGCGCCCUGUUCCGUGCCCUCGUGGACUACAAGAUGCUCGAGUUCAACAUGGCCACCACCCUCAAGGCCAAGGUCGGCUGGCGCCCGGACAAGACCCGAUCGCCCAUGGGUCCUUUUGUCAAGUGCAAGAGGUGCAAGCUUCCACGGUCUGUCACCGUGAUGGGCGAGAAGGGGACCUGUGGAAUGUGCUUGUCCGAGUACAAGACGAAGGAAGAAAGGGAGCAGUGCAUCAUGGGCUUCGCGGGGCUGUCACCCGACAGCUGUGAGGAGAUGCCCCUAGCGUGGGUCGAGUGCGGCGUGCGGCAGUGUCGCGCCCAUGCCACUACUGCAGGGUGA